UAGACUGCAGGUCCGUUCGGAAAAAUGGCUGAAACCGCUCCAGCAGCUGCCGCCCCGCCGGCGAAAGCACCCAAGAAGAAGUCCGCCGGUAAAGCCAAGAAAGCAGGUCCAGGUGCCGCCGAGCUCAUCGUCAAAGCCGUGUCCGCAUCCAAGGAGAGGAGCGGCGUGUCUCUCGCUGCCCUGAAGAAAGCUCUCGCUGCCGGCGGCUACGAUGUGGAGAAGAACAACUCCCGCGUCAAGCUCGCCAUCAAGAGCCUGGUGACGAAAGGCACCCUGAUGCAAGUUAAAGGAACCGGCGCCUCCGGCUCCUUCAAGCUCAGCAAGAAGCAAAGCGAGACCAAGAAGAAGCCGGCCAAGAAGGCGGCUUCUAAAGCCAAGAAGCCCGCCGUCAAGAAACCCGCUGCUGCCAAGAAGCCCAAGAGCGCAGCGGCAAAGAAGCCCGCCGCUAAGAAGUCACCCAAGAAGGCCAAGAAACCCGCCGCCGCAGCCGCUAAGAAGGCGACGAAGAGCCCCAAGAAGGCGAAGAAGCCAGCAACGCCCAAGAAAGCAGCAGCGAAGAGCCCCAAAAAGGCCAAGGCUGCCAAACCCAAGGCGGCAAAGCCUAAAGCUGCUAAGCCUAAAAAGGCAGCUCCCAAGAAGAAAUAAACAUCUACUGAUCUACUC